GUGAAAAGAGGUGAAAAUUUCACGUACUGUAAAAUUGGUUCGGGAGUCGGGACUUCGAGGGAAGCGGCGCCAGCGGCUCGGAACUUUUUCAAAAUCGCCGCCCACCGCCACCGCCUCAGUCCCGACCCUACUCUCUCUCUGUUUGUGUACUUUACCAUUCAUUCUCCUUCUUCCUCCAAAGAUGCCACAAGAUCUUCCAGGGUUUUACUUCGAUGCGGAGAAGAACAGGUACUUCCCUAUCAAAGGCCCUAUUCCGGGCUCUUCUCGGAAUUCUUCCCCUGCUUCGACUUCCACCACUACUCAAAAGUCCAUAUCCAAGCCCAACCUGGUUGAUAAGUCAUGUAGGAGAAUCAGGAAAAAGACUGCCAAGUUACUCCAGCUCAGGGAGUUGUGUGGUGAUCUAAUUCCUUGCAGUAGAGGGAAGUGCAGCUUUCAGGAGGAAUAUCAAAAGAUACAAGCAUCUCAGCCUAUUGUUUGGAAGUUCCAGGGGACAGAAAGGAUCGGCGAUAGUGCUAUGGAACUGAUACAUGUGAAUAUAGACAGGCCAAUUGGCAUAACUGGAACAGACAUUUUAUUUGCAGCAAGUGCGAAUGGCUGCUUAAGUUUUUAUGUGGUUGGGAAAGUUCAACAACAAUUUGAUUACGGGAUAGGAUGCAUGCCAGAUCGUGUAUGGCCGCUCAGCAUAGAAGAACGAGAAAGGUUUGUGGAAUUACCUGGACAUCUUUGGAGACCUUCAGGAGCUUCAGUAAAUAUGUCAUCGAAUAUAUCUUGUAUGAAGAUGCAUGGAAAACAUUCUGAUUCAGAUGGUUUACCAAGGCAGCAUCUUAUGAUAACUUCUCUGGGUUCAGAAACAUCUGGUGGAUCUGUCUAUACUUUGAACCUUGGUGAACCCUUGGAUUAUGAUCUUAGCAGCCUUAUGCUAAGAAGAAGAAUAUAUAAAGCUGCUUCGUUCAAUUGUACAGUUUGGACUGCUGAUUGCAACUCUGAUGGGAGCCAAGCUGUGGUUGGCACCAAUCUUGGAGCUGCCUUGGUAAAUCUGGAAACUGGAGUGCCAUCAUGGGUGUUUCGCUGUAAAAGUGAUGUUCUUUCACUUCAACUUGAUCACCCGGGAAAGAUUGUUUUAUGUGGUCUAAGAAAUGGAGCAAUUGUGACAGUUGAUACUCGGGAAAAAUCUGAAGGAUUAUCUGCUAGACUUGCUAGACACCAAAUUCCAUACGCUUCUCAAGGAACUUGUAAGCCUUCAAGUACAACUCCUCGAAAUUUAACUAAACGAUGUUUUGAGCUGCGAGGCAACAUAUCGCAGUCGCAUAUCACCUCUAUGCCUUCAUCUAUCUCCUGUUUGGCAUCACUUCAGUUGUAUGAUCAGUGCUUCCUGGCAAGCUCUAUGGAUGGAUCAAUCAGGCUUUAUGAUCAUCGUCUCAUGCAGAGGGGGCCUGUCCAAUUUUAUGAGGGCAAUGUCAACUCCCAUACCCGCAUACAGCUUGGAGUUGACCCAUAUGGGAGAUUUUUCAUGUCUGGUGGAGAGGACUGCAAUUUACGGUUAUGGGGUAUCAAGUCUGGUGAACUUCUAUAUGAAGAUAAAUUUAUGAGUUCUGUCCCCUCAGUUGUGUGUUGGCCGGGAGAACUUCCAAGAAUGCAAGAUCAAAGCGAAAACGACAGAGACUAUGUGUACGGCCAGGAACAUGGUUCGGGAGCUUGGCUUGGAUCCGAAGAAGGGCUAUUUCAUGUACGCUGGUCAUGAAUUUUGAAUGGUAACAAAAUAAGCGACGGCGGGAGAACUGAGAGUCUAUUUGUUACCAAAAUUUUGUUGAGAUCUCCAAGUUAUCAUUACCAAGGUUGCGGGAUCUCAAAUGUUCCUCGUGAUGUGGUACGCCCAGCUCAUCAUCUAGCAAACAGGCUGUAGCACCUCACAUUCGAUGCCCAGUUACCGGAGUUUGCCAACUUUUUGUUCAUGUCCUCGGGAAUCCAGGAGUAAAUACGGUGCAUGCACUUUGGCUUUUUACCUUUGCCGUCGUAGGGAUUCCUAGUAUUUAUUCUGUCUAUCUAUUAUGUACCUAAUCUUGCCGACUGUUCCGGUAAACUCUUGGAAUUCCUGAUAUAACGUUGUUCCUAUUUCCUCAACAGGGAAAAAAGAGAGGAUUUCUUGUCUCCUUUAAAUAAAGCAGUAACAAAUUGGUUGCUUUUGGCAAUCAAAACAUCA